CACUGACUGGCACUGAUAGGCAACACUGACUGGCACUGAUAGGUGGCACUGAAAGGCAGCUCUGAUAUGUGGCAUUCAUGUGCACUGGCGGGCACUGGUAUUGUGACAUUGAUGGGCAUGACAGGUGGCAAUUAUGGGCACUGACAGGUGGCACUGAUGCUGUCAGCGUGAGGAGAGGACUGCCGAUAACUGGCAUUUACAUGUAAUCAGCUGUGAUUGGAUACAGCUGAUCACAUGAUAGAGCCUACGUCAUCGGC